GGGUGGGGGCCCGGACGUUGGUGGGGGCGUCCCCCGGCUCCCCACCUCUCCAACCUCUCGUCGGCCGAUCGGGCCACGAGCCGGGGGCCCGGCGGGCGGCCGAACCCGGGACCCGCCGGGGCGUUCUGGGCCGGAGGGCGGGCCGGGCCGGGAGGAAGGAGUCGGGGCCGCGCCGCCCCGCCCGUCGGGCCGUGCGCCCCGCCUCCCCGGGGCGAGCGAGGCGGAGCCGGCGCCCGGAGGAGCCGCAGCAGGCGGAGGAGAGCUCCGAGCCGUCUCCACGAGCCCGUGGACACCGAGGCCCCGGCGGCCAGCGCGGCAGCAGGCGAGUUCAUCCCAUCGCUUGGGACCCGGAAACUGGACCACGCAGCCUCCUACUGAUUUCAGGUGAAAGAAGCCAAGAUGUCGAGCAAAACGGCAAGCACCAACAACAUCGCUCAGGCCAGGAGAACUGUGCAGCAACUGAGACUAGAAGCUUCCAUCGAACGGAUAAAGGUGUCAAAGGCAUCUGCGGACCUCAUGUCCUACUGUGAGGAGCACGCCAGGAGCGACCCUCUGCUGGUAGGGAUCCCCACCUCAGAAAACCCAUUCAAGGAUAAAAAAACUUGCAUCAUCUUAUAGAGGAAGAGGAAGCCCGGUUCCUCGUCUCUUCUCCACGAAGCCGGUUCUGAGCAGCUCCUUGAAGAGACCCCCUCCUUCGCUUCUUUGGUAACCACUCUGAUCACUAACAUGCUCUUACCUCGGCCUCAUGGACUCUAAGUCUUAUUUGCCCGAGCUGCCCUUCCUCUCAGACCCCCCUCUCCUAUUGAAUACAGAAUAACAAUCUUGUUCUCCAUCUGGAAACUAUGGUGUCAUAUGGGGUUACUGCUUAAGAAGAGUUGGUCUGGGUCUUUAACCACACAACACACACAUACACACACACACACACAGUUAUAUUCUCUCAAAUGCAAUAUGAAUGAUCCAGUUGUGUCAAGACCUAAAUUACCUACGCACCUGUCUGGUUUAACAUGUGAAAAAUCUAGGUCCUAAAACCUUUAUAGCAUCGUGUAUUCUUAAUAGGGUUGUUGUGCCUGCCAGAACAGGCCACUUCAGGAAUGGGAGAGUUUGGUGUGUAUUGAUGAAUAUAUAUAUAUAUAUAUAUCGGUGACUUCCUGUAUAUCCACAGAGCAAAUCUUGCUUUCUGAUAAAAACCUUUCCCUAUAUAUACCACCAGGGCCGCAUCCUCACAAGUUAGACCUGAGCUGUGCGUAGGUGGAGUAACAAACGUUCUUCAUACGGGACCAGAAUGUGGCACAGUGAUAGAAUGUAUGUGCCCCAUGGAGGGAGGGAAGUUAAGGGUGGGCCUGGAGUCAACCCCCCACUCUCCCUUCCUCCCCUCACCCCACACACACACAUACAAAGCAAAAUUUUCUUUUCAUGUAGUCAUGGUACAAAAACUCACUGUUUCUUGUAACCAAGAAAUGAAGUCAUCUCUGCUCUCUUGAAGUCCUGCUGACCUCUCGGACGACAAUAAACAGUGCCAAUCCCCAGCCAAGAGCCCAGCUAGAAAGGCUUGUAGAGUAGGAGGUAUUAGUUCACUCUUGCCGUGAGACUCUUGGGGCCGACCCUGGGCGGCUGUGCCCCCAGCUCUGCUGGGUGGAUCAGGGGUAGACAGCUCUGAUGGGUUGUACCCUGAGGAUGGGGACACAGUGUCACACUGAAGGUGUCACACUGAAGAAGGAACACCAGUGUGGGAAACCCGGUCCAAUUUGGCCCUGUUUGGCCUGAGUUGGUGACUUGGUGACAUGUGCUCCUUCUCACUCCUGCCUUUCCCUGAUCAUCUCUCCGCUGCUAGAACAUGUUAUUUUCACAGGAAGUGUGCACCAGCCCCAGGGGGAAAUACUACGGUAAGAAAGAAACACAACACACACACACACACACACACACACACACACACACACACACACACAGAGGCAUCCAGACACUGAGCAUUUUUCAAGUCACUUGCAGCCAGGCCCACCUUCUCCCCGGCCCCCAUGCCCCAAAUCCAAUAAAGACAACAGCAGAAGAGGCUCAAAUUCACCGCUCCGCCACGCUGUCUAUUGGGUUCCUUAACUUCUCAUUUUCAGAAUCUACAGGGGGGAGAUUCCUAACUGAAGGCCCAUGGCCGGAGGGUGUUUUAGCUUUAUCAAAGAGGAAGGGGGCGGGGUCCUUUUUCAAUCACUAGGCCUUUGUGAUCUUAAGCCUCUCCCGUUUAUUAGAAGUCACCCCUGGUAAUGAUGGAGUACAAGGUAUUCUUCCCACACGGGACUCACUCGGCCCGGCCUGGCCCAGAAGAGAUGGUUCCUCUUAGUUCUGUACUCAAUUCUUGCAAACACUGGUCUCUGAACAGCCUCGGGCCCUUUGAGCUUGCGUGGAAGGUGGGAAAACAAAGUUUGCUCCACACAAUCAGGAUUUUCCACCUCACCUCUGCUUCUGAGGAGUGACGGGCCUGUCUGCCUCGGUCUCUGAGGCCAGGGGGAAAUCAGGCCACUGCCCCUCACCUCGGGUCAUCUUCCCACUGGGUUCUGCACUCGGCCCCAUUCGCAGGAAAUGCCAACAUCCCUGCUUGCAACGCUAAAGGCUGCAUUGGGCACCGCACGUACAAAAAAAUAGAGGCUGGCAUGGUUCACACUUCUCUUAACGAGACUUUUUAUUUUUUAUAAGUGUCUUUUUCUACUGAUCGUCCCAGAACACUACUCUUAAUUUCACUCUGAUUCUGAAACAUGCUCGAUGUAUUUAUAAUGCAGCUCGUUACGAGAUAUUCUCAUGAAAUUGCUUUUUUGUUUUGUUUUGUUUUCACCCCCCUCCCUCCUGUUUCACAUGCCCAUUUUUGGUAGCAAGCACAAUUUCCUCUUGAGUCCUAAAACGUGUUCUUUUACCUCACAGAAAACAGAUAUGUUUUGCUGCUUGUGAAGAGGCUUGUCAUGGGAAGGCAUGGGCUUGAGGUUCCAGCAGAUUUUAUUUUGUUUUCACCAGCCACACGUCGUGUUGGCUAGGAGCGUAACUGUUCGAUUGAACUUCCUAGCCAGGUGUAGGGUUUGUUCGAGAAAUGCCGAAUCAGAGGCUUUAAUAUUGAACCCAGGGGGAAGAAAAUUGUAGCUACAUGUUGAUUUACUUACAACCAGACGCCUGUGUGAGAAGUGAUAAUAUGCGUAUUCGUAUCUAAUAAGCAGAAGUCACUUUCAUUUAUCAGGCUUUAUUCUAGGUAUACAGGCACACAGUCCUAACUGCUGGCCAGCAGCCGACUUAAAAUAGUGGUAGAUGACUUAAAAUAGUGGUAGAUGUUUUCCCUCCCUGCCGCUCUGCUCACUCUCGUCUACACCCACCUGAGCAACUUCUUGGCUUUGCAGCUGGGAAGCUCUGUAAGCACGUUCAAUAGUCUUUGCCUCUGAUGCUAUUUCAGUUAUUUACCAAUGCUGUUUCAGUUACCGAUGACCUCUUCCCUUUUCUCUCGCAUAUGUAUCCCUUAGUUCGUAAUCUGUCCAGUUGAGCCUCGGAACCCUGAUGAAGAAAAGCGAGACAAAAUGUCACGACUCCAAAAUAUUGUUUUUCCAGAAACACAUUUUAAGCAACUAACACUCUUUAUAUACCAGAUGGUUCAUAAGCUAUAGGUUGUAGCUGUGUUUCCUAACAACAAGUCAGGUUUUUAAAUUUCUUUACCUUAUUCCAGUGAAAAGUGCCAUACUUUUAAAGACCUGAUUCUUGUUCUCUCUAUUUAGUCUGUUUUUAUACAUUACUAAUUACUGAAGUGUCAGAAGAAAAACAAACUGUUAUACCAGUGAUUCGGUGAUUUUAAGGCAUAGGUUAGGUUAGGUAGAUGUGCCAAACUCUUUCUCCAGAUGCCUUCUCCUUAAGAUAAUGUCAGAGGGAUUACUCAGAAUUUAAUUUAAGAUUUUUCUAGGCUUAAGAAGUACAGCGCCCUUUUCUCAGUAAAUAGAACAGCAGAGCGUGUUAUGAAUUAUAUUGAUUGCUUUACACUAGACCUGUCAAUAGGGGAAAACUCCAUUGAAUCAAAUAGAAUCAUAGGUGUAUGAAAAUCGAGCACUUCUUUAGCGUUGGGUGGUGGCCUGUAGUAUACGUAGAGCAACUUCCGGUCAAGUUCGGGUGCCUGUGUCACGUGGCUCUGGGCAGGCCCUUCCUCUCUCCAACUAUAGAGUGAGGGACUGCUCAGUCUACGUAACCGAGCUCCCUCUGUGCUCUCAGAUGUCCCCUCUGUGACCUACUACCCUUCUGCUGGUCUGUCAACGUGUUGGUGCUAUCAGCUGCUUCAGAUAGAAAAUUGGUUUGUCAGCAGGACAGCUCGUCUAUAGCUUCUGGAAAGACAUUUUGUUAUUCAGCUUUUUUUUUUCCCCUCUCCUGGUUUUGUGGACUUGAUUACUGUAAUAAUGUCUUUUUAUUAGCCAUGUUACUAUGAACAUAUAUUCUCUGGAUGUCGCAGUGAAUUUGCAUUUGAUAUACAAUUGAUGGGAUUUUGUUCUUUUAUACCCUCCUGUGGCCCCUCAUCUGUCCGCAUCAUAUUGACUUCAAACACUGUGAUCUCUGUUUGGAAAUCUGUCCAGUGAGAAGAAUAAAAGCAUUUCCUUCACAGCGACCGUGUGCACAAGAAUUAAAAGCUGU